AUGUCUAGCAUCCAACUACAAUGGGAUGAGGCAUGGACACUUCAUAAAGAAGAAAGGUCAUUGGAACUAGUUGAUGCUUCUCUACGUGAGACAGCUAAUCCAUCUGAAGUUCUACGAUUAAUCCAUGUGGGUCUUUUGUGUGUGCAACAACGUCCACAUGAUAGGCCGAGCAUGACUUCAGUGGUUGCAAUGUUGGGAAAUGAUGCUGUGUUGCCUCAGCCAAAUCAGCCUGGUUUUUUCAUAGAAAGAAAUGUACCUGUAGGUAAAAGUAUAACUAGCUGUUCAUCCAAUGGAAUAACCAUUACCCAGCUGGAAGCAAGAUGA